CCCGGCUCCGCCCCGCCAUGGCCGUGGCCCGGCGCACGCUGUCCGUGGGGCUGGGGCUGGCCGGGGUGGCCUGCGCGCUCCUGGGGGGCUGCCUGCUGCUCGUGGGGCCCGUCAUCAUCAGGCAGCAGGUCAUCAAGAACGUCAGGAUCGACCCCAGCAGCAUCUCCUUCCAGAUGUGGAAAGACAUCCCCGUUCCUUUCUACCUGUCGGUGCAUUUCUUCGAGGUGCUGAACCCCAAGCAGGUGCUCCAGGGCGCGAAGCCGGUGCUGAGCCAGCGUGGGCCCUACGUGUACAGGGAGUACAGGAUUAAAACAAACAUCACAUUCCAUGACAACGACACUGUUUCCUACCUGGAGUACAGGAACCUUUUCUUCCAGCCAGACUUGUCCAAUGGCACGGAAGAUGAGUACAUUGUUGUGCCAAACAUUAUGAUGAUGGGAGCAGCUGUGAUGAUGGAAAAACUGCCAAAUUUUCUGAAGAUUUUACUGAGCGGAGCCCUGGCUGGCCUGAAGCAGGAGGCGUUCAUGAACCGCACGGUGGGAGAGAUCAUGUGGGGGUACGAAGAUCCCCUUAUCGACGCCAUAAACGCGAUUGUUCCUGGCAUGAUCCCAUUCAAGGGGAAGUUCGGAUUGUUCAUGGAUUUUAACAACUCCAACUCCGGGCUGUUCACAGUGAACACAGGCAUGAGGAACAUCAGUCAGGUUCACAUGGUGGAUUCAUGGAAUGGCCUGAAGAAGGUGAACUACUGGCGGAGCAGCCAGUGCAACAUGAUCAACGGGACAGCGGGGGAGAUGUGGCCGCCCUUCAUGUCCCCCACCUCGCUGGAGUUCUACAGCCCCGAUGCCUGCAGAUCCAUGACACUGGUGUACGAGCAGUCUGGGAAGUUCAAGGGUGUGCCCACCUAUCGCUUUGUGGCGCCGAAAACCCUCUUUGCCAACGGCACCGACUAUCCACCCAACGAGGGCUUCUGCCCCUGCAUGCAGUCUGGCAUCCAGAACGUCAGCACCUGUAGGCUCAAUGCGCCGAUGUUCAUUUCCCACCCUCACUUCUACAACGCCGACCCGUCCCUGGUGAACGCAGUCGAGGGCCUGCACCCCAGCAAGGACCAGCACGGGCUUUUCCUGGAUGUGCACCCCAUGACGGGCAUCCCCAUGAACUGCUCCAUCAAGCUCCAGCUGAACCUGUACAUAAAGCAGGUGUCUGGUAUCAUUCAAACAGGGAAGAUUAAGCCAGUGGUCCUGCCGCUGCUGUGGUUUGCUGAGAGCGGAUCCAUCGAGGGCUCGGUCCUAAAGCAGUUUUACACCAACCUGGUGCUGCUCCCGUUGGUGCUGGACUACCUGCAGUACAUCUUCCUCGGGCUGAGUGUCCCACUCAUUAUCUCAGCAGCUGUGCUCGUGGCAAUGAGUCAGGAGCACAAAGUCACUGAGUCGUUGAGGUUGAAGGGACCUCUGGAGGUGAUCUAUCCCAAUCCCUCUGCUCAAGCAGAGUCACCUAGCUCAGCACCAUGUCCAGAUGUCUCUUAAUGUCUUCAGGAAUGGAGAUUCCCCAGGGCAACCUGUUCCCGUUUUUACAGUUUUCACAGGGGGAAAAAAAAGAAAAAAAAAAAGUAUUUUUCAAUGUCCAGAUGGAAUCCCCUGUGUCUAAAGUGCCCCUGUGCUCUUGUCCCGUCCCUGGACACCACCAAGAAGAGCUCUGUCCUUACACCCUCCCUUCAGAACCUUGUUCUCAGUGGUGAGAUCCCCCUGAGCCUCCUCUUCUCGAGGCAGAGCAGUCCCAGCUCUCUCAGCCUCUGCUCACACAAGAGACACUCCAGCCCCAGAGUCACUUCUGUGGUGCUUUGCUGGACUCUUCCCGGUGUCUCCAUCUCUCUCUUGUGCUGGGGAGCCCAGAGCUGUGCACACUCGUCUGUGUACGGCCUCACCAGUGAUGAGCAGAGGGGAAGGAUCACUCCAGGACCUGCUGCCAGCACUCCCAGGGCAGCCCAGGAAUCAGCUGGCUGCCUUUGCCACCCUGCCACGCUGCUGGCUCACCUGCAGCUCCGUGUCCCCGAGCCCCUCAGCUCCUUUUCUGCCCCACU